AUUCAUUUGAAUUCUUCCAACUUUUUAUUAUAAAUUGGGACAUUUCUUUAUAUCCCAAUUUAUAAUGGUGGCGAGAGAUGGAAGGAACAGGAGGAAGAAAUCCUUGUGUGAGAAAUCCAUGGAGCUGGCUGUCAACAUAUUCAACUGCUCCUUCCUCUACCUUGCUGCUUUGAGCUUCAAACCGACUCCGAAGUUGCCCACGCCGCCGCCUCCUCCUGCAGGCAAACGGCGUCCGAACACUGCCGCCGGCGAUCGAGAUGGAUUGUUGUCCUCAUUUGCUCAUCAGCAGAAUCAUCAACAGGCUAGAAGGCCACACAAGAAGAAGCCUGUAGCAGCAGGGGUUCGAUUAAGAGGUGAUGGUGAUAAGGCCGAUAUUGAUGAAAGGGCUUCAAGUUUCAUAAGGAGGAUCAAAGAGAGGAACCAGCAAGCAUAUUAUUAUUGGGAGCAGCGCUACUGAUCAUCAGUCCUAAGAGAUUCUCCGACUUGAGCCUUCCACUAGUAACUUGUUUCUCAACAAAUUAGUUUGUGCAUAUGAUAUAACAAGUGUUUAAAACACAUUAUCACACAACAAUAAAACACAUUAUUCACUUUAUUAAGAAAUGUGUUCAUAUCUAUGAUUAAGAUAUUGUGCUUUUAAUUUACAAUGGUAAUGGGCAGCUGCGGGCGGAUUUCUUGGUACCCAGACCCGCCCCGUGGCAGGUCGGGUAAUUUAUCACGAGUUGCAGGUCGGGGCAGGUCGACCCAAUGGGUAUGCAGUAUGCAAUUUAUAUGAAAAAUAUUAGAAAUAUUCAUUAUUUUUAUUAUAAGACCAAGAAAACAAACAAUAUUAUGAUAAAUGUAGUUAAAUUAU